AUGGCUAUCCCAUGCCUAGCCGGCAUGAUGAUUGAUAGGGCCAUAGAUCAAGGACGACAGCCUAGUGAAGACUGCAGAGUCAACCUUCAACGCACAUUGUAUCGGCGCGAUCAGCUCGCUAACCCCCAGUACAACAGCCAAAUGGCACUGGAUACACUUUCCACCUCUCCGUUGGGCAAAGUUGAGCAAAGCACGUGGAUUGAGUCAUGUGACUUGUCGGCGCGCCUUUCUGCCCUCACGGCGUUUCUCAGAUCCCUCCGAUUGCAGUGCCCCAGGCUAUCCUGUCUCGCAGACUCUGGCAUUUCUUCUCUCAAGAAGACACGCAUCGUAGGCCAUGUCUCAACAAGCCCAGAGACAUCAGCCGUUACUUCAAGCAGCCAAGCUUCAGGGCUUUCUCCAUCCAUGAGGGCAAGGCCAUCUGUCCGCAAAGCAAGACUAAGCAAGAGAUCAACCUGCAACGAAGACGGCUCUGACGACGAUGAUGAAAAACCCAGAGCCUCCACGAAAAAGAGAGCAAAGUUUGAGAGCACGAAACUUCAAUUUGCCUGUCCUUUCUGGAAACUGGAUCCGAGCAAGCAUCGGUCGUGUUACAGUGCUACACUCUCGGAGACCAGAUACGUCAAGCAGCAUAUACUUCGACGUCACGUACAGCCACCUCACUGUACGUACUGUUGGGCAAUCUUCGACAGCAUCGAUCUUUUAACAGUUCACAAGAGCCAAACGCCAUGCAUGCCCGAUGGCUCGCCAAGACCUGAACUUGAAGGAAUUGAUUCAGCCCAGGAACGAGUACUUCUUUCUUGGAGAGCCAAAAGAGGUUCAUCUAAAGAAGAGCAAUGGUUUGAACUAUGGAAAAUGAUAUUUCCUUACUUACCCACUCCAUCUUCGCCAUUCAUGGACGAAGAAGCCAUCGCACAACCCCAACCCGAACACAUUUCAGCGCAGUUGAAUGCACCCAGAUUCAACAAAAGAUUCAAACUGUCGCCCAACAAAAGGAACGUAGGUAGAGGCUUACCUAAGGAGGAACCUAAACUUCGAUGUCCCUACUAUACAAGGUUUCCCCAGACUUUCUGCUCGUCAAAAUGGCGGAGCUGCUCUGAGUCUGUAUGGCCCACGGUGGAUCAUUUGAAGUAA